AUGACCCAAGUGUCCAUCCCUUCCAGCAAGCUCAUAGUGUACACAAAGUUGACUUUAAUACUUCUACUCACAGUGGGCCUCGGCUUCUUCACCUACUUUAUCACAAUGAUAUUGAAUGUUUUUUUUACAACUCCACACCUUCGGGACCAUGCUCGAUAUGUCCUCUUCGUCUACAUGCUCAUGAAUGAUACAUUCUUUCUCUUCUUGGGGUUUUCCUUGAUGCUUAAUUCAGUCUACGAAUUAUAUGUUCCUGUACCUCUAUGUUACGUCUUGUACACCCUUUCUUCAGUGACUUUUAGAGUUACCCCCUACAACCUGGCAGCCAUGGCUCUAGAACAAUACGUGGCAAUUUGUCACCCACUACGACAUGUGGAGCUCUGCACUGCUUAUAGAGCUCAUGUGACCUUCACCAUGAUAUGUUUCUUGUUGUCCAUAUCAUAUGUAGUUGAACUAUAUAUCAUGCUCUCUUCAAAGACAAAUAUAUUUAGUCGUUAUAUUAUAUGUAGGCAGAAUCUGCUCAUAGUAAACCCAAUCCAGAAUAUAAUAUUUUCCAUCAAUUUUAUCUUAUGCUUUACUUUGGUAGGAAUUGUCAUUCUAGUCACUUAUAUCAAGAUUGUGCUGGUCGCUCAUAGGAUAAGCUCUCAAUCAUCUUCUGCUUCCAAGGCUGGUAAAACUGUCAUACUCCAUGCAUUUCAGCUACUUUUGAGCAUGGCUUCCUUAUUGUCUACAUUGACAGAGUCCUUUCUGAUAAAAAAAUCAGAACUGUUGCCUAUUGCAAAUUUUUUAGCGUUUACUUGCUUGCCAAGAUUCCUCAGUCCCAUGAUCUAUGGAAUCCGUGAUGAAGCAUUGAGAAAACAUAUGAAAAGAUUUUUACCACAUUUCCUUAAUAACAAUUUUGGUAAAAAUUAA